AUGGCCAAAAUUGAUUUUAAAAUCAAUGGAAAACAAUAUGAAGUUGAUGGUAGAUUUGGUCCAGAUGUAUCACUUAACGAAUACAUUCGGGACGUCGCGCAUUUACGCGGUACUAAAGCAAUGUGCCACGAAGGCGGCUGCGGUAUAUGCAUCGUCGCAGUACGAGCCGCUCUGCCACCUACAAAUGAAGUCAAGUUGUUCUCUGUCAAUUCUUGUCUAGUCUCAGUUUUAUCUUGCCAUGGUUGGGAUAUAAUAACUGUAGAAGGAGUUGGUAAUAGGCUAAUCAGCUACCAUGAGAUACAAAGCAGAUUAGCCAAAUUUAAUGGUACGCAAUGCGGAUACUGCACGCCGGGAUGGAUUAUGAAUAUGUAUAGUCUUUACGAAACGAAAAAAGGCAGUUUGACACAAACACAAAUAGAAAAUUCUUUCGCUAGUAACAUUUGCAGAUGCACAGGUUACAGGGCAAUUGCCGAUGCUUUCAAAACUUUUGCACAAAAUAUUGAUGAAGAUCUUAAUAAUAAACUCAUUGAUUUGGAAGAUUUAUCUGCUCUAAAAACUUGUAAGAAGCAAUGCUUAAAAACGUGCGAUAAUCAAAUGGAAACUGUGAGAGAAGUGAAUGUUACAGAUGACCAAAAUUGGUGCGUUAUUGAGAAAAGUGAUAAAACAAUGAUUAUUGUAGACUCUGGUAAACGCAAAUGGUUCAAACCAUUCACCUUAGAUGAUGUUUUUAAAAUUAUAGCCAAAAAUGAUGACUAUAAAUUAAUUGCAGGAAAUACUGGUCAAGGUGUUCAUCACAUUCAAGAUUACCCACCAAACGUCAUUGAUAUUUUCAAUGUUGUCGAGUUAAAAGGUCACUCAUUUGAUGUAAACCUAAUACUUGGAGCCGGCAUGACUCUUUCAGAAAUGAUGGAACUGUUCAACCAAGUAUCAUCACAGGAUGAUAAUUUCUCAUAUUUAAAGAUAUUUUAUGAUCAUAUGGAUUUGGUUGCCCAUAUACCCGUCAGAAAUAUUGGCACUAUCGGAGGUAAUUUAUUCAUAAAAUAUGAAAACAACGAUUUCCAGUCAGACUUAUUUCUCUUAUUUGAAACUGUCGGUGGAAUGGUAACAAUUGCUGAAAGUACUAGUGUCCAAAAAACAAUAUCCUUUACGGACUUUUUACAAGCAGAUAUGAAGCGAAAAGUGAUUAUUAACGUCAUGUUACCUCCUUUGUCUUCGAAAAAUACUAAGAUCAAGACUUACAAGAUAAUGCCAAGAUCCCAAAAUGCUCACGCUGUAGUUAAUGCUGGAUUUUUGUUUAAAUUCAAACAAAAUUCAAAAUUUUUGGAAAAGGCUACAGUAGUUUUCGGUAGUAUAUCGCCAAAAUUUAUACACGCUACUAAAACUGAAGAAGCUUUAGCUGGAAAAGAUAUCUUCACCAACGAAACGUUACAAAUAGCAAUUCAAACGCUGAGUGAAGACAUGACCCCUGACGAAGCACCUCCCGAACCAUCAGCAGCUUACAGAAAAAUGUUAGCAACGGCUUUGUAUUACAAAGCGAUAUUGAGUCUUUGCCCCGAUGGUCAAAUUUCAAAAAGAUAUAGAACAGGAGGUGAAGUUCUAAAAAGAAAUACUUCUCGUGGAGCUCAAAUAUUUGACACCGACAAAACUGUUUGGCCUUUGAACCAGCCCAUACCGAAAUUAGAAGCUUUAGUACAAUGCAGUGGUGAAGCUACUUUUUCAAACGAUCUGCCAAAACAACCUAACGAAGUAUUCGCAGCGUUUGUAACAGCGGAUGUUAGACCGGGUAGUAUCAUAAGUGGUUUUGAUACUACAGAGGCAUUUAAAAUCACAGGAGUUGUAGCUUUUUAUUCCGCCAAAGAUAUACCAGGAAAUAAUUCAUUCACACCUCUUAAUGUGCCGUUAAUCAAUGUCAAUGAAGAGAUAUUAUGUUCGAAAGUAGUAAAGUUUUAUGGGGAUCCAGUGGGAAUUAUUGUUGCUACUAGAGAAAAAACUGCAAAUAAAGCAGCAAAACUAGUAAAAGUAAACUAUGAGUCUAUCAGUGAAAAUAAACCUUUGCUAACAAUAGAUGAUGUACUGAAUUCUCCUGAAAGAAACAAAAGGGUAAUUAAUAACAGGACUGUACAACCUGAAGAAAUUGGUAAAGACGUAAAACAUGUAAUCAGUGGUGAACUAAAGUUAGAAUCUCAGUUUCAUUUUUAUAUGGAACCACAGACAUGUGUAGUGAGGCCAACUGAAGAUGGAUUGGAAGUUUCAGCUUCAACACAGUGGCUUGAUUUGACUAAUGUUGCUGUGGCACAGUGUUUAAACGUUCCCGUUAAUAGCAUCAACAUCGUUGUUCGGAGAGUGGGAGGAGGUUACGGAGGAAAAAUAACAAGGUCUUGUCAGGUGGCAUGUUCUGCCGCUUUAGUAACCCACCUGCUUGGCAGAACCUGUAGGUUUAUACUCCCUCUAGAAACAGGCAUGAAAAUUAUUGGAAAGCGUUUACCUACUACCUGCAAUUUUCAGGUAGGUGUAAAUAACGAUGGAGAAAUUCAGUACCUAAAGAACAUUUUUUACCAAGACAAUGGAUGUGGUCUCAACGAAGUCAUCACAGCCAUCACUGUCAAUCAUGUUUUUAACUGUUACGAUACGAGGAGAUGGUAUGUAGAAGCGAAUAGUUUAACUACAGACACAGCUUCUAACACCUGGUGUAGAGCGCCGGCUUCAACUGAAGGUUUAGCAAUGACUGAAUAUAUUAUGGAAAAGAUUGCAUACAAAAUUGGUAAAGAUCCUCUUGAAGUAAGGCUAGCAAACAUGUCUAAAGAGAAUAAUCCCGUCCCUGAUCUCCUUCAACAGUUAAUGAAAUACUGUAAUUACGACGAAAGAAUCAAAGAAGUAAAAACAUUUAACGAUGAGAAUCGUUGGAGGAAAAGGGCAUUGAAAGUUAUACCGAUGACAUACGACUUGUUUUAUAUAGGACCAUAUAAUUCCCUUAUAUCAGUGUAUCAUGCAGAUGGAUCAGUUGUAAUCACUCAUGGAGGAAUAGAAAUGGGGCAAGGGAUCAAUACGAAAACUGCUCAAGUUUGUGCCUACAAGUUCGGUAUAUCAGUUGAGAAAAUUAGUGUGAAGCCAAGUUCUAGCUUCACUUCACCCAAUAUGAUGGCAACAGGUGCUAGUGUCGGUAGUGAAUGUAUAGCUUUUGCUACCAUGAAAGCCUGUGAUUUAAUUUUAGAACGACUUGCUCCAAUUAGAGAGAAGAUGAAAGAUCCAACUUGGGAAGAUUUAGUGGAGAAGGCAUUUCAAGCAGAUGUUGAUUUACAAGCCUCUUAUAUGUUUUCAAGUAAAGAUGAUGUUAAACCGUACGAUAUUUAUGGUGCUUGCGCUUUGGAAGUUGAAGUCGACAUAUUGACAGGAAACCAUGAUAUCAGAAGGGUAGAUUUGUUAGAGGACACUGGAAGAAGUUUGAAUCCCGUGAUUGAUGUUACUCAAAUUGAAGGAGCUUUCGUGAUGGGUAUUGGUUAUUGGACUUCAGAAAAAAUUGUAUAUGACCCUAACAGUGGCAAACUACUCACUGAUAGAACUUGGAAUUAUAAACCUCCAGGGAUUAAGGAUAUUCCGGCAGAUUUUAGGAUUUAUUUUCGAAGAAAUUCAAAAAAUCCUUGUGGUGUCCUGCAGUCUAAGGCUACUGGUGAACCAGCGUUAUGCCUAGCUGUGGUUAUUACACACGCUCUUCGAGAAGCUGUAAGAGCUGCACGAUUGGACGCAGGUUACGAAGACCAAUGGGUGAACAUACAAAAUCCGUGCACAGUGGAAAAUAUCUUCACAGCUGUUGGGCAUAAGCUCGAACAUUUUACUUUAAAAUAG